GGCGAAAUGAUAUGUGUCAAACUGACAACUAAAAGGCAUUAUGUCAAUGAUUAAAGAAAAUUUUUUAUCUAUGCAUAAGCAAAGAAUUGAAAUAUUUAGGUUAGAAGAUAUACGUAAUUAUAUUUUUUAAUUUAUAUUUAAAUUAAAUUCCAAAUCAUGCCAUCGAUGGAGAUGGACCGAAUCCCAGAAAAUGGUUCGGAGUGUAGUUCUGUGACUUUGAGCGAUAAAUUACCAACAAAAAAGAAAACGAGAAAACGUGGUAUUGUUUAUUUAUCAACAAUUCCUCCUUACAUGAACGUAGCCAAGAUAAGAGAAAUUUUUAGUCAGUAUGGGGAAGUAAAAAGGAUAUAUUUACAGUCGAGUGCAAAACCUGGUGAAAAAAGAAAAAGAGUGCCUAACUUAUUCACAGAAGGUUGGGUCGAAUUUGAAAAGAAAAAAGUAGCCAAAAUGGUUGCAGCAAAUCUUAACAAUAAACAAAUAGGUACACGCAAGAGAUCACGUUACUAUGACAUGAUAUGGAACAUCAAGUACAUUCCUAGGUUCAAAUGGAUCCAUUUGAGUGAAAGGCUGGCUUAUGAAAGGGCAGCAAUGAAGCAGAGGUUGAGAGCUGAAAUAUCUCAAGCGAAGAGAGAAGCACAUUACUUGCAGAGUAAUGUUGAGAAGAGUAAGAAGUUAAAAAAAAAGAAAGCUUUGGCGAAUAAUAAAAAUGAUGAAUGAAUAUUAAUAGUAGUUUAUAACUUUAAACCUCAAAAUUAGACCGUUCAUUGGCAUAAUUUUGUUCCGUGAUGUUGCUUUGGAAGGUGCAGACCCUUCACCAUUGCGUAACAAAAUGCAGACAUCUAAGGUGGCUGUAUUUUGAUACAGCGGGCGGAGGCUACCCUCCCUCCAUGCCUCCGGCUUCUAAAGAACACUAGGUCUAUUCAGCGUGAUUAAAUUACGGAAACAGAACCACAGUAGAUUUGAAGUUGUACUUCUAUAGUCUGUAGUGCCAUUCACGCUAAAUUACCGCUGGAGUCACGCUAGUGUCUGAAUAGUCAUAUCCAAAAAUUAAAGCUUUUUAUUUGUCUUACGAUUUUUUUUUUUGUUUUUUGUUUCUAAUUUAUGUGUAUUAAAUUAAAAAUAACAAAAAUAAAGUACUAAACAAUAAUCACACUGGUAUCAAUGUUUAAUUUACUUGUUGCUAAAAUUAACAUUUCCGCUAAUAAUUUCUUCGACCCUCAUCCUUUGAUAAGAUGUUAAAGGAUCUGGAGUUAAUUUCUGUAUGUAUCUCCUUGGAGGUAUUUUAUGUGACAAUAUGCCCUGUGAGAAUUCUCGGUGAACUCUGACUCCAUCUAAAGCAUUUGCCUGCAACCUUUCAAAACUAUGUAGUUCAUUCAUAAACUGGCGAUGCUGUGCGACUUUCGCCCAAUGGUAACGAUGGCGACAAACAACACGGCUGAAAAAUAAAUUAAGAAUUUUUUUUUUUAUAUAUUUUAAAAAAGGCAGUAUACUCAAGAUUUAAACAGCUCUAUUUAAAAAUAUUUUAAUUUAAAAUAUAAGUAUUUUUCUGUGUAU